AUGGCGAGUAUUUUGGCUGAUCAAAAACGCCCUCAAUUACAGCCCAUAUGCCAGAAUUGCGGCACCUCCAAGACUCCCUUAUGGCGUAGGGACGAACUCGGCUCGGUGCUUUGCAAUGCUUGCGGUUUGUUCCUAAAGCUCCAUGGCAGACCGCGGCCCAUCAGCCUCAAAACAGAUGUGAUUAAGAGCCGCAAUCGAGUCAAAACUGCAGGCCAGGGACCAAAGCGCAAAUCCGGUAGCGCAGUCGACGGAAAUGGGCUUUCCUCUUCGAGAUCGGAAGCUGGCACCCCUCCUCUGGGGGUUUCGCAGGGAUAUCGUCGCGCGUCGCGUAAGAUGUCACCCGGACAUUCAGACCGAUCCAAUUCCCCAGUGCCUCCGACCGAUGCUCACGGACUUUCCGCCUUGCACCAGCCGCUCGCGCAGCCUCAUCACAAUUCCAACAUUGCGCCGCAGCAUUUGUUCGACAGUGUAACGGCCGGAGACCACACGAGUCAACUUCCUUCCGUCCAGCUUCGUCAGCCUUCCCCCACGUCUACGACCGCGCCGGUAGACCGCCAUCAUGAGCCUCCGCAGACAUACGAGGACCUCCUGGCGGCCAACACGUCCUUGAAGACUCGUGUCAGCGAGUUAGACCUCAUCAAUGGGCUCUUUAGGGGUCGCGUCGCGGAACUUGAGCAAAGCGACGCAACCGCGCGACGGUCCGAGAUGAUUCUUCGCGACUCAGAGGUGCGUCUGCGGCGUUCCCUCGAUGACGCUCAGCGAAGGGAAGAGGAGCUCAAGCGGCGUAUAGCCGAGCUGGAGCGCCAGCUUGCCGAACGGACUAAUGGUGCGAAUACGUCGCAGGAAAACCCUCUUGAGCCGCUAGCCAAGAGAAUGAAACUUUCCGACGUGGUGGAACAUGAUUCGAACUCACCAGCCAAAUCGCCUAAGAGUAUCUAG